AUGAAGAGCAUUCCAUCAUCCAUGGCUUUGAUAGCCAGCUGCGCAACAGCUCUAUCAGUCCACGAGGAGCAAAACGCCUUCAACCUCAUCUUGAUUGCCUCUGACUCAAGUAUUAAUGGCUCUUCUCUCAUUGCGACUAACGCCUACGAAGUCGAUUCCAUGGGGCUCCUCAUGCCCGUUAAUGAAGAUCCAGACCCAGGGACCGGUCCAGCCGUGGCAUCAGUCUUCUAUACAGAUGCAGCAACAGGUACUCUCUGCACCAACUCCCUACUCACCGGAAUUCAGCGCUUUGCCUAUACCGCCUAUUCCAACUAUACUAGCAGUCUCCGUUUCGACACCAUGGAGAAUAAUGCCGGUCUCAAUGUCUCCUUUCCCCCAUUCACGCUCAAAAACGGCUGGCUCACUGCGCCUGGCAACCUGACCUGGGCAUGGUGCCCCGAUUCCGACGACGUCGGCGAUGCAUGGUAUUUACCGGGAACUGUCACAUUAGGCUCUGUUUUCCAUGGCUGUGAGGCCAUUGAUGGGCUGUUGUUGGCAGUUAAUCAGACGUCAUCUUAG